ACAUAAUCCAAUAACAAAUUAGCCUAUUUACCUUGACUUCCUUAGGCUGCUCGGUUUAAUCUGUGGGGGCACUUUAGAACCCUUUGCGGUGAAAGACACUUCUUCUUGCAAUGGGCUUAAACCUUACUCGCAUCUGCCGUGAUUUUCUCGAGCUGUCUGAAGCUGGCACAAGGUGGAUUGAAGAGACACGUGAUCGCUAUGUUAAUUCUGUAGUACUUUGGUUUCACAUGAAUAAGGAGCAGAUCUUGAUUAAGUUCAAGAAGAACCCGGUUCUUUGUGUGGCAGUUGUACUUCUGCUGGCACUCAUUGUCAUUCAUAGCCCUAUUCUAGGUUAUGAAGGGGCUGUACCGAGAUGGAUAGCGAGCUGGAUAGCAUGGAUGUCAAUUUUUGCCGUUAUCAGUCUCACUUAUCAGAUUUUUGUGGAAAUGAAAAGAUUCAAGUUAACAUGGAAGAAAUAUAAGAAAGUAUAUUGUUCAGGUAUGUUAUUGGACACCUGAGGCACCUUGAGCAAGUAAUCGCAUUUCCAACAAUUGUGGAUAUAUCUGGAUGGCUCCUUACUGUAAUUCAAAUGGGGGUACAGAUACUGUAGAUGUGGAGGAUAUCAAAUUGUUGUAUGUGCAAUUUAUGAAGCGGUGGUGUAGAGGAUCAACUCUUUGCGAAUUUGGUACCUAUGUCAGAGAACGCUUAAUAUAUCUGUAUAUGUUGUUGAUACAAUUCGAAGUAGUGCCAUUGUAUUAAUUCAAUGAUUCAUACAAUCUGCAGUUUUGUGUUUUUGUUUUGGCACUAGAAUACAUUGUGUAAAAACACAUAAUAUAUGAAGUUAUAAAGUUAGAAGUUAAGGAUCCAA